ACGAAAUAAGUUCCUACCACAGAGUUCUCAUCCCGACUGUAAUGAUGUACGGUUACGCUCGAGCUACAUCCCACUGAGCCAAAAAGACUACAGUAUUCCGGCUCGCUCGGAAUACACGUAACACGCUUUAUAUACCACAUGUACUGUAACGGCGGCACCCGUUACACCGACCAUCCCAUGUCACUAAGAAAACUGACAUAUUUAUCGUCACCAUGCUAGCUCGCAAGGCAUCCAAUAAACCCAGACCCAACUCCGCCGGCAUCCUCAAAUCAACAUCUCCUAGGCGCACCGCCCUAGUCCAGGGUACCACUAGCCCAUUCGUCUCUCACGAGAUCGUCACCUGUGUGCACCAGCGGGUGAAGCUUCCAGGAUGGGGAGUGAACGGGUGGAAGAUGUUUACUACGAGGUAUAUCCUCCGGGUUGUGGAGGGUAAGUCGGAGGCUGAGGCGGUGGCUGCGCGGCUGGCGGCUGCAUUGGAGUCGGAGAGGUUAUUCUUUAGCGAUGAUACCACGAAGCCUAGUGGUGCUGUUGAGCGACCUGUUGAGCGACCUGUUGAGCGACUUGUUGAGCGACCUGUUGAGCGACCUGUUAAAUGA